AUGAUCGACCGUAACGUUCGCGCAUCGAAACUUUGGUACGAACUGUUUGCGCAGGACUCGUUCGAGAAAUGCUCACGACUUCUGAGCUUCGAGGAAUCUGACUUACCAAUCGGGUUGGCUGUCGUAGCGAUGAGUGCUGCACGGCUAUCGCCAUCGGCAAAUCUGCUACGAAACUCGAGGCUGUUCGCCAUACCAUCAGCCCUACCCCUACCCGUCGCUCCAACUUAUACAGAGACACGCAGCUCCGACACAGCCACCACAAUCUAUCCCAUAAGAGCCGCACUAGAAACCCCAAAAACAUCAUUGAAAAGAGGUGACUGGGGACUGAAGCGAGCUUUACCGAUCAAAACCACCACAAAAACUGGCACACCAACUUUCAGGAUAAGAGGAGGUAUUGACACACCACAGCACACGGCGGAUUUCGAAUCAGCUGCCGAUCAUGUCAUAAACCUCAAGAAGUUCCAAGAGCUGGACUUGCGCAUCACACUUCCAGAUGAGAAAGGAAGAGUGAAACGUGACAACCUCAGUCCCUUUGCUCCAGAUCUCGAUAAUACUACGGUAGACACUGUUCCCGUGAUUGUCCAGCAAGAUGAGCCGACUGCCUGGCUUAAGGCUUCCGAGACACAGCGGGUGUCUAAACUACCCGAACACCUCAAGAUCACUCUUGAGCAAUUCAAGGAAGACAUGGCUGUGGAGGCAGAAUCUGAUGAGAGCCCAGCCGCAGGAAUUGAAGCCACUGCAGCUCCGAGUUCAACCAAGUCCGAAAAACGACGAUGGCGCUAUACUGGUCCAUACCUGGCAGGAAUCACACAGUACGAGUUUGAUAAGUUCUUGAGCAAAAUUACAGCAAAAGAGAGGGGUGCUUUUCGAGAUAAGGUUAAGCAACAUCUGAUCUCACAGCGAACCACGGAGCGGCGUUCAAAGGCAUUGGAUGAGGGCCUUUCGGAGGAAUCAGCUACCCAAAGCGCCAUUACCGUGACCGAAGAAGAAGUCACAGAACAUCUCCGAUAUCUGAGAUCAGAGCCUGGUCAAUUCGGUCCUUUGAUUGCCACUUUCUUUGAUCUCGCAGAUGGACCACAGCAAGAACUUUCUGGCAGCGACCCUUGGUCGUACGGACGAGACACGAUCACAGCACUUCGAUAUAGGCAGACAGGGCCUCCUACAACACAUCCUUCAGCAGGUUUAUCAUACCAAUAUUCUGGCAGAUAUGUCCUGAAUGAUGUCAAGAUUGGUCCGAUUGAAGGCCGACAGCCAGCCGCCGGUCGCAUUCUGCAGUCAUCCGCCCUAAAUGAAACACAGGCCAGGCCUCUAUUGGGUGUCGCAGGCUUUGUCGCCAGCAACCCAAAUAAGCAGGAAAUUGGCAAUGUCAAGUGGGACCCUGUACCUGGGGGACCAAGGUGUGUGGUCAGCCCUACCGCCGCCCUUGUUGGGCAAUCAGGCAAGCUUGAAAUCCAAGCCAGCGUCAAGACGAAUUGGCAUUUGAAGGACAAUGUGCCAACCCCAGAUUCGGAGAAGAAGUCUUCCGGAGAACAACUUCCGGCCGCUGCAAGGUCAAGAUCGCUGCGGACACCGUCACUGCGGAGAAGUCCAGGAACGCGUGUCAAUAUCGAUAUGGAUCUGGUGGAGGAGAUGGACCGUCUGAAUCGUUCUGCGUCGCAGAGCUCCAACCUUACUGGUCGUGUCUAG